AUGGAAGAACAAGGUGAAAUUACUUUUUUGAAUGAUAUUGACGCUCUUAGUACAAACUACACUAUCAAAGUGAAGAUUAUUAGUUUGUGGAGAAAGAAGAUGAAAGGUAAUGAAAGAGAGACAUAUCGUAUCGAUAUGGUACUAAUGGAUGAGAUGGGUACCAAGAUUCAAGCUUCUUGCUUACAUAGGUUGUUUUCAAAAUUUGAGAGACAUCUUAAUGUUGAUGAAUGCCUUAUAAUAAAAAGGCCACCUCUUGCUGCGAACACUGCAUCUUUCAAAAUUGUUCCUAACAAUCAAAAGCUAUCUUUUUAUUACCAUACAUUUGUCGAAAAGUGCAGUAACUGGGAUGGUCCACAGUUCGUUUUCGAUUUUGUUGAUUUCAAGGAUGUUCUGUCACAGAGAUACAAGGAGGGUACAACAAUAGAUUUCAUCGGUUACGUUGUUGUUUGCUAUAAAAUUGAGGACACUAACAAAAAAAAUGGUACUAAAGGAAAACGCCUCAACCUUAAGCUUCAAGAUCUCGAAAAUGUUGAGGUUGAUUUAACUCUUUGGGAUAAUUAUGCCAAGGACAUGAGUUCGUACAUGGUUAGUCAAGAUCGUGAAGCGCAUGUUGUCAUCGCUGUACAUUUUGGUGUUGUUAAAACCUACAAAGGUAAAUGGGGGAUUUCUAAUAAUUUUGAUGGUACACGGCUUUUUAUUAACGACAAUUUUGAUCAGAUGCUGACGUUCAAGGAAAAGUUUAUUGCAAAACUUGUUGCUUCGGCCGAGUCAAGUAGCCAUGUUGGGUCGUUUGUGAUAUGUUCUGUUGAAGAUGAAUUUAUGAACAAUGAUCCAAAAAAAGUUAUUAUUGUUGGAACUAUUGUAGCAAUUGUUUCUUAUAAGAUGUGGUAUUAUGAUGGAUGUAACUAUUGCAAGUCCAAAGUUGAGCAAAACUUUGAAACUUACGAUAGGGAGGAUGGUACAAGUGAUGUUAGAGAUGAGAAGAUGUACCAAUGCUCAAACAAGGAUUGUCCAGGAAAAGAUGUUUUCCCGAUGUCGAGGUUUAAAAUACCAAUUCGGGUUCAAGAUUCAACCGGUACGGUGACACUUACAUUGUUUGAUCACGAGGCGUUGAAGUUUGUUGGUAAAACCGCAAAGGAACUUAUACAAAUUCAGGACGAGAUACUCAAGACUAAUGAGGUUCCAAGAGCAUAUCCUGUUGAGUUUGAGACCUUGCUUAACCUCAAGUGUGCUUUUGUUAUUAGAGUAACAUACUUUAAUAUUACAAAUGCUGUUGAGAAUUAUGGUAUAUCAGUUGUUACCAAUGAUGUUGAUAUCUUGGAUCAGCUAAACAAAAAAUGGAAAAUUGAUCAAAUUGAUGUCUCUGAUUCGUUUGCUAUGAGUCAGUCUGAUUUCCAAGAUGCUGGCGGUGAAACUGCAAAGGAUGGUGUUUCUUACACUGGAGAUAACUCUACACCUGUUUCAAAGGAUUCUGUUGCUGAUUUGUAUCAAUCAUCAUCUGAUUUGAAGCAUAACCUUGGUGAUGUUUAUGCGAUUGAAGACGGAAUCGGAUCGUCGGAAAGUAAACCUCGCAUUAGUGGUGGUAGCAUUUGUUCUGAUGAAGCUAUUGCCAAUAAUUGA